UGGACGUGGACGUGGACGUGGACGCGAACACGUGCAUUCAGUCCAACCCCGGAAGCUCAUGAUAAAAGCCCAUAGCGCCGAUACAGAUAGAACGAUACACAGCCCCUCCGCGCCCUUCGCUUUGCUUUCGGCUUGCUUUCUUCUCAUUGACGGCAGCACGGUGCAUAGCAUACUUAUGCGCAAGCCUGAGCUCUUCGUAAUGAGGCCGAGGCCACUUACCCAUCCUGUUGGCUAGCCUUCCUCGCAACACCAUGGCCGAAUAUGCACUCAUUGAGACCGAGGAGCAGCUCUGGGAUGAGGUUUCCUCCGUCGUCUCUACGAAGUGUGCCCCCGAUGCGCACGAGGCCAUCGACGACGCUCUACGCACAUGGUUGUCCCUUGCUUCCAAAUGUCGCAUCGACUUUGCCCUCUCCGAAGACGACGUCGCCGCUUGCUCACAGCAGCUCCUGCAGGGCAGCCUCUUCCUCGCCAAUCCAGACUAUGUGCGCACCCAGAUCAUCUACAGCUUGUUGCAGGAUGAUGAGACUGCCCACCUAUACCCCAUCGCUAGCUUCCUACUGCUCGACGGGAGGGCGAACGAGGUCACAUUUCGUAACAUGAUCGAGGAGAGCUGUUUUCAUCGGCUCAUAGAGCUGAUUAAUGGUCGCAAAGAGCACGACCCCUCCUUGCAUCGGCUCCUCCUCGAGCUGAUUUAUGAAAUGUCACGAAUCCAAAAGCUGCGCGCAGAGGAUCUUAUACAUGUUGACGAUGGCUUCGUAAACUACCUAUUCCAACUUACUGAAAUUUUGUCCGACGACGUCAACGACCCGUGUCAUUACCCCAUUGUUAGAGUUCUGCUGGUUCUGAAUGAGCAAUACAUGGUCGCAUCCGCUACAGCUGUCGCUGGUUCUGAUUCACCAACCGCUCCUCUAACCAACCGAGUUGUCAAAUGUCUAAGUCUUUAUGGGACGCAUUAUAAGACAUUUGGCGAGAACCUUAUUCUUCUGUUAAACCGCGAAACGGAGACGUCGAUGCAAUUGCUUAUUCUCAAGCUGCUCUAUCUCCUUUUCACUACGAAAGCCACACACGAAUACUUCUACACAAACGAUCUGCACGUCCUCCUCGACGUCAUCAUCCGUAACUUAUUAGACUUACCAAACGAGCUGACCUCUUUGCGGCACACAUAUCUCCGAGUGUUGUAUCCUCUACUUGCACAUACACCGCUCAGUCAGCCUCCUCAUUAUAAAAAGAACGAAAUACAGAAGGUCAUGAGGCUGUUGGCGGGAGUUGGAAAUGCGCAUUUCGAAGCCGCCGAUGAGACGACGCUACGACUCGUGGACCGUGUAGAAAAUGUCAAGUGGCUCAUGGAAGAUGUGAACAGCCCUGGGGAGAUUGCCCGCAGGUCUCUCGGUAUUAGUUUGUCGCCUACAGAAACCGCGAGUAACAUUAGUGUUGUCGACGUGGCGGCGGUCACGGAGAAACCGGGGGUGCAAACGCGAAGUCGAAAAGCGGAGGGUGAAGCUGAGCUAGAUGUUUCUCAGGCCGAAGUCGACAUGAUGGUGAUGGAGACGGUACCGCCACUACCUCCAAUGCCCAACCGAGCAAAGAAGAUACCCCCCGCAGUACCAAAGCACCGAUAUGGAAACCCGUGCAUACCGGUAGCACAACAUAUGAACGGUAACGGGACCGCACCUAAGAAGGUCCCACCGAAGGUUCCGCCCCCACGGCGCAAGGGCAGGUUCAAGACGGUGUCCUCGGCUUCGGAGGAAACUGAGCUAAUCUCCUAAUAUAAAUGAAAAUCGGGGGAAGACAUGGGCCAAGAUUUGCUGUUAGAGCAUGGCUCAUAGACAAAUGGUUCGCAAGCACGAUGAGAAGGCAUUGUUACUCUACCAUUUUAGGGACCUAAUAGGAUUAAGUUGUUGAGUUCAGAAUGGCACUUCCCUCACGCACAAGUCACGGAUAGGGCAUG